AUGGAGCAGUCGGGCAAUUCGGCCAAGGAUGUGGUGAGGGAGGCGAUGAGGAAGGAUGUAGCAUCAGAGGCACGGCUAGCAGAGCCAGCACCAGGUCAGGCCACAGUACUGGCCGAUGGAAAAGCACAAGUCGACACGGCUCAAGGGAAGCCAUCACGAAUCGACAUAACCACACCAAGACACGCCGCGUCCAGUCACUCACCCACAACAUCGCCACCAGUCUCACCGCCUAUAUCAGGCCGCCAUAACGACACCAUCGCAGACUACUACACUGCGCGUCCCAAGUUCGAUCGUCUAGGCAACCCGAUACCCGACCGACGAAGACCGAGCGCCAUGGCAUCUGUAUAUGGCAAGCAGACGGUGAAGCUACCCGGAGACCUUGGCGCAAAAGAUCCACGACGGCCGAAAUCUCCAGCAGUUGCACAUCUGCCAGGCGACCUUGGCCCGAAUGAUCCACGGAGACCACGAAGCGCGAACAGUAGUCCUGUGCCGCUAGGCCAUAGUCGACACAUAUCACUGGAGAGCUCGGAGGGUGCGGGCAGGUUACAGGAAGAUCCGCCGGUGCCAGGCGAAGAUGCGCCCGGCAGCGACGACGAUGCCGAUGCAGACAAUGACAACGACACUGAUGCAGACGACUCAAAGCGCGGCCGAGGUAGGAAGCGGCCGGAGCCUGGACGUACCACAUCAGGCAAGAGUACGAACCUGCGAGAAGGAAGUGUAGACUCCGAGAUAGGAGUUCCCCCGAAACCUGACCCCACGAAAGGAGAAAGUAAAUUAUCUUUCCAACGAGAUCCUCUAAUCAAAGUCACGCCACCGACAGAAAAGCGCCGAGUCCAUCCCAGCACAGCCUUCGACACCGCACCAUCUGGCCAAGCAACACCCCUCGGCAGCGACGACGAAAGCCACACCGAUGCAAAAGUCGCCCAAAAACUGCCUCUCACCAUGAGCGCAGUCCACAGCACACCCUCAGCACACAGAGUAAUUCGACAAAUUAUUCGAGGCGACUAUGCGCACUUCCAGCGCGAAGCAGAAGAAGGCCGCAAACGCCAAAGAGUCUACCUCGUCGCCACCGACCUCUCCCCCGAAAGCGAAUACGCACUCGAAUGGACCAUCGGCACCGUUUUGCGGGACGGCGACACCCUCCUAGCACUCUACGCCAUGGACGAAGAAUCCGCCAGCGCCGGCGGCGCCAGCUCCGGCUCAGGCGGAGUGGAAAUCGGCAAGGGCGCAGAUAGUAUCCGCGACACAGCCGCCAUCGUCCACGGGCUCCCGGCUACCAAUAUUCCGCCUCCUUCUCCCGGUCCCUCACCCCUAAGUAAGAACGCGGGCGUCCCAUCAAUAUCAGAUCCGCGAAGUCGCUCGCGCGGCGGCGUCUACACAGCCGCCGAAACCGAACGCCGCCGCGCGAUCGAAGACAUAACAAACCGCAGUAUCCACCUCCUCCGCAAAACCCGCCUGCAAGUCCGCGUCGUGGUCGAAGUCUUCCACUGUAAAUCCCCCCGCCACAUGAUAACCGAAGUCAUCGAUUUCCUCACCCCGACGCUCGUCAUCAUCGGAUCCCGCGGUAGGAGCGCGGUCAAGGGCGUCCUGCUGGGAUCGUUUUCCAAUUACCUCGUUACGAAGUCCUCCGUGCCGGUUAUGGUGGCGAGGAAGAAGCUUAGGAAGCUUAGUAAAGGUGGUGGUGGGGGUGGAGGGGGAUCGGGGAGCGGGAUGGGGUUGAGGAGGAAUAGGGAUGGGACGAGUGUUCCGUAUUCGGGGAGUGGGAGGACGAGUAGGUUUAGUAAUGUUAUUGAGGUUUCGAGUGGGAGGGGGUUGAGAGUUGAGGGCUGGGAUAAGGUGGGGAUUGAUUGA